GUCGCACUCGCGGGAAAAAUGGCGGAAACGUGUGCAGUGUUCGUACCAUUACCAGCAGCAGUUCAAAACAGUGCGUCUUAAGCCUUGGCCCGUCUUCGUGUGCAUACGUGUGUCACUUUACGUGUAAGGCUCUAUGUUAAAAGAGGAAUGCAAGAUGCAAAACGAUACAGUGCAGUGCUCCACCUCUGGCCACAUCAAGCAAGUCAUCAGCCAAGCGGUUGCUCAAGAAACCCCAGCCAAGGCUUUCCAUUGUAGUCAGUGUGUACUGAUCUUCAAAUCCAAGGUGUACCUUUUUGAACACCUCAACAAGGUGCAUGGCCUUGAUACAGAAACUUCGCUCAGAGAGGCUGGUUUAUGCUCUGUGACUAACAAAGCUGGCACAGAGAACAGCAGCGGCAGUUCAGGGGAUAAUUUUAAGUGCCAGCACUGUGAUUUUAAAGCUUAUAGUUGGGACAGUUUAAGUGAACAUGAGGAACUGUGUCAGAAAACUUCAGAAAAUCUGAACGUGUCGGGAAGUCUCAUCAUUUCAGAAAACCUCGACACCACUUUAAGCGUCAUUACAACAAGCCAGAACAGUGAAGCUGCAGGAGCAUCUGAGAGUCCAUCAGAUCUUUCAGAUAUUUCUACCUCAGAAACUAAAUGCACGUCAAAGGACCUGAAAACCUACAAGAGGCCCUUGCAAACCAUUACCAAGUAUUUCUCAGUAUCAUCUGGAUCAAAUACAAAAGCUGCUGCAAAAUUAGCUGAUGGCACCAGAGGAACUCUAAUUUUGCAAGAAUCUCCAUCAAGCUCCUGCAGCAGUGGUGGUGUGUUUAAAGUCACAGCAAAGUCUGUGAUAGAUAUCACUGCAAGCAAGUCAUACCAUUUUUUGCACAGUCACUUGACAACUGAUCUGAUGCCGUCAAAACCUCAGGAACAAUUCAAAGAAACCGUUCCUGCCGGUGCUGUUAAGAGGUCCAGUAUUGAUAUUUCAAAAAGUCAUCCUGCUAAAAAAGCCAAGUUGGAUGACGAAGAGACGCUCAUGGAAAAAGAAAAUGAAAGUAGACAGCAGUCAUCAAGCAGCAAUGAGUUUUCAUUUGAAGUCAGCGAGGACGAAGAGGACGCAGAAGCGCCAAAAGUGUAUUCUUGUAAACACUGUGACUACAGUGAUGUGGGAAUCAGGCGGGUUUCUGCCCAUUAUCAGAACGAACACCCUUACAUCAGAUACAGUUCUGUCUACAUUCAGGACUCGAGUGAUCAGAGUGCCACCUUCCGUUGCCUCGAGUGUCCAGUUGAGUUUUUAAGCACAGCGGACCUCAAAAGGCACUACAUGGAAAAUCACCCAGAGGCCCCGGAUGUAAUUACGAUGAAAUCAUAUGAGCUCAGUUUGGUUUUCAGAUGCUUCAUUUGUACAUUUACUACCAAUGUAUUGAAGUCCCUGAAAGAACAUUAUAAAGCAAAGCAUGCUACAUAUGAGGUGGAAAAUUCUUUAUUGUUCUGCAGAUAUUCAAUGACUGAGUGCCCGGAGGAAUCGUCUCGGCCGAGUCCAGAAAGAUCGGGAGAAAUUCCUCCUGAGCAUACCCAUGCAGCCCAGAAUCCCACAGACGUGGCCUUGUAUAAAUGCAAGAAGUGCACAUUUAGUCACAAGUCAGUUGUUGUUAUGCACGUUCACUACCAAAAAUGGCACCCAGAUGAGGCUAUCACAAUAGAUAAAAUCAAGCAGUCAGCUUGUGUCACAUCACGUGCAGCACCAGAAAUGAGGCCUGAGAAGUAUCAAGAUUCUUUGACUCCAGUAGAUCCUUCAGAGAUCACACCAGAAGCUUCUAUGAAUCAUUCAGAGUUUUCCCAAACUGAGAAAGGGGAAUCUGUGGAGUCGCCAACCAGAUGCAAUAAUCAAAUCACUACCAGACUCGCCAAUUUGUCAUCCAGUUCCCCAAAUGAAAUGUUUUACUGCCAGUUCUGCAGUUAUACAAGUACCAAGAUUAAGAGUAUUCUUGGGCAUCACAAUGCAAAACAUUCUAUGGAUGCACCAAUAGAUACUAGUGAUGUCCUGUGGUACAGUGUGGAGAUGCAGAAAAAGAAACUUCAGAGUGAAGCUAAUAUGUCAAAAAGUACUUCAUGUUCUCAAUUGGAAACCAAUAAACAAGUGAAGAUGUGCAGGGAAACUGAAAUUCAGCAUGAGGAAGAUCAUGCAGCAGACGCCUCAGAGACAGGAUUUUACCCGUGUCCAGAAAACUUGUUUUACUGCCAAAAAUGCAACUUCGCAAAUCCAACUGUAAAAGGAGUAAUUAACCAUCAGGCUAAGAUUCAUCGAAAGUGUAAUUCUGGCAGUAAAUGUGUUCUUGAACAUACAGCUUUAGUUCGUGAUGAAAUCAGAAAAGCAAAAUCGAAUGCAAUGGAUUCCUCUUCUCGUCUACCUCUUCCUAUCAUGAAUGAAGGCGAUGAAAACGCGUUUUUCUGCCACUUUUGUAACUACAGACAUAGUACUUUGGACCAGGUAAUGCGCCAUUACUUAAAAGUACACCACGGCUUUAAGGUUAACCCUUCAGACGUCCUUCUGCACACUUCUAAGAUCCUUGAUCAGACACAGAAAUCUUCUCUAAAAUCAACGCGAAAUCAAGAAGUUGCUCAGGAACCGCUGAAGAAAAUGGAUAAGAAAAAGAAAAAAUUAAAGAAGCUUGCAAAGUCUUUGUUAAUUUCAGCACCACCCCCAGCAACAGCCCCACAAACACAGCGGUCCCUUAAGUGUUACAGAUGCACGUACAGUACUGAACAGGUAUAUGCUUUGAAGACGCACAUCAGGAAAACCCACCAAGUAAAACGUACGGUCACAGAUCUUUUAAGAUUGUGUUUUAGACAAGGAGCAUUAGAGCCAGGCUAUCAUUGUGAGUUUUGUACUUUCAAGCAUGAAAAAGCAGCGGCGGUUUAUGAGCACUACCAGGAACACCACUCGGGACGUGUGCCCGGCCUUGAGUAUGUAAGUACUCGGCUGUACGUUGGUCCUGGAGUAGUCCUUUCUGAAAAGAAGAAGCUUAAACAAAAGCGGAGUGGAGGAGAUGGCACCAGUAAAAGAUUGCUAUUUCAGAGAUCUGGACAAAAUGAAACUGGGUUAUCAUGCAGGAAAUGCUCUUUUAAAAGUAACUCUUUGUCAGAUCUGGCACACCAUUACCGGGCUGUUCAUCCUUUGGGAGCAAAACAGGACUGCGUGGGACUUAAUACCAAGAAGGCAAGCACAAGCUGGCGGGUGAAAGACCACAGUGAGCCACCCGACUCAUUUAAGUCCUGCCAAGUGCCUGUUAAAUUCGAUAAGUCACAGGAUGAAGCAGAAGCAUCUUCCAUAGCAUACAAGUGCCCUCAUUGCUCUAUGAAUUUUACUACCCAGCACGGUCUCCACGUUCACUACGGAAUGAAACACCCGGAAACUUUAAUUGGAAAAUUAGAGCAGCAAAAACCACAAAAGCAACUUCAAAAACGUCUGCACGUCUUUAAGUGUCCGUAUUGCACCUACGUCAAUACCGUUUAUCAGGGCGUUCUCACUCACUGCCAGAUGAAGCAUCCUGACGCUCCAUCCAGGGCGGACAGCCUUCACGUGGAUAUGACGCAUGUCCAGAAUUUGGAUGAUGCCCGGAAAAGCAGUAGACCCGGUGAGAGCUUGAAAUUUAGUGGGCACAUGUGUAAAACCUGCCCACAAAUCUGUGCAACGCUGGACAAACUGAACAAUCACUGCGAGCAGGACCACAACAGACUGGAGAGUGGAGCAAGCACUUCACAAAGCACAGUCAAACCGACUCCUAAGCCGUUAACUAAAAGGACAAUGCUGCUAUCUAAGGUCCACAGCAUGCAUGGAUCUAUAUCAAAGGCUUCAUUUUUAAGCAAGAAAAUAUAUGCUUCGAUUAGCUGCCAGCUCUGUUCUUACACCUGCACCACCAAAUUUGCACUUGGUCGACACUUGCUUGCUACCCACAAACAUGCUAUUUCAAAGGAUUGUGUAUACAAGUGUGUCCUGUGUUCCAAUGUUUAUUUCAGGAGAAAGCAUCUUGCAGGUCACUAUGCUGUGACACAUGGAAAGGAGGCUUAUUUAAAAUACUACGUACCCGUAUACAAACAGAAGCCUUCUGAAGUCUCAUCAACUCGGCACCAAGCAAAUGCCACUGAGUCGUUUAAGUCUAGCAUAACAGCAGAAGAUAGCUUUUUAGUCUACAGGUGUCCAAAGUGUCCAUAUGUGAAUGCUAGCUACCAUGGAACCCUCACUCACUGCCAAAUGAAGCAUCCAGCAAUUGUAGUCAGAGCAGAUGAGCUUGAAACAGGUGAAGUCCUUGCAUCCAACAUGGUCGGGUGUAGUUUAGGAAAAGGUUCAAAUCAGAGAGGCUACACGUGUAAGAAAUGUGCACAAAUCCAUGCAUCAUUGACAAAACUGAAUGCCCACUGUAAGAGGGAUCACAGUGAGACGGAAGUGUCUGAGCAUUCAGCCGAAACUGAAAACCAGCCAGCUCACACAUCUCAGGGCUCAGCGCAGGAGGAUGAAGCAGAAGAAGUAAGCGUUGCGGAAACCAGACAGGCUCCACAUGUGAAGACUCCUGAGACGUGUCGGUCCAUCCCGCUGGCAGUCUGGAGCAACAAAACGUUGUACAAGUGCCAGAUGUGCACCUAUAAAGGACUGUAUCGAAAAUACCUCCAGUGUCACUACAAAAAUACUCACAAAUUGGAUGCAGUCAGUGCACACAAGCUGCUUGAGAAAUAUAACAAGCGUAAAUGGAAUUUUCCCCGCAGCCUUCCUAAAUCAGAGGACAAAACAAAUGUCAAAUGUUUAAAGUGUCCAAAUGUAACGUUUGACUCAUCUCAGCUGCUCAUUGACCACUAUAGUACAUUUCACCGCUCAGAGUGGAAAUUGGACUUCACUGUGUUGUCACUGGGAUCAGAGAAAAAGAAAACCACGGGUGUUUACAAAUGUAUCCACUGCAAGACCCAGUUAAAUGGAAUUAGAAAGAUGUGCUAUCACAUGGAUCGCCACAGAGCACGGACAAUGGAGAUGGCCAAGGCUGCGCAGAGAAAGGCAUCAUCGCUUGUCAUUAGCGCUACACCAGAGCAAGAAUCCAGUGAGCCCUGCAGGCCAGAUGAAAUGCCCGCGUUACAAAAUGUGGAGGAGGUUAACCAGUGGAACGGGACGCCUGUACAGAGCGCUGUUGUACCAACAAGUCCUCCACAGUUGCCAUCAAAAGUCUCUGAUGUACAGCAGCCGGAGCUGGAAUCAAACAGCCACAAACACACGUGUAAACAGUGCGGCCGGAUGUUCAUGUCACUGAAAGGUUUGCGCUCCCAUGAGCACAGCCACGCGGCCCUGGCAGCCAUCAAGAAACUACACAAUCUCCCCACGUCUGCAUUAAAACACAACAUCAGCAAAUAUGUCAUCCACAAAUCUGGGACUGUGAAACCUUUCCUGUGUAGUUGCUGUACCUAUCGGACGACAGUCUUUGGCCUCUGGAGGAGUCAUUUUAUGAAAAAGCAUCAAGAUCUCAUUAUGGAUGCUGUUGAGACUGAAGAUAAAGUUGAGGAGAGUGAUGAGAGGGCUGACAAGGAGUCGAAUUCAUCAGAGAAAAUCAAUAGUUUGCCUGAAUUUGAUGAAGAACCUGAACUGGUUGAAAGAUCUCUGUACUUGGAGCCCCCGGAUGUGCAGCGCCAGUUAAACCACUACACCAUGAUGGCACAGAGUAGCGCCAAAUCCAAAGUGAAUGUGCAAGAGUCAAAAUUACCCGAGAACAGCGUGCUUCACUGUGAGCUCUGCAAUUUCAGCACUGGACACCUGUCUAGUAUCAGGCGGCACUACCUAAACCGGCACGGAAAGAAAAUCCUCAGAUGUAAAGACUGCAGCUUUUUCACAGGUUUAAGGAAAACUCUGGAAAUGCACAUGGAGACAGGUCACUCUACCUGCCAGUCAGAACCUACUCAUCAGAAGGAUCUCCGCUGCCCUUUCUGCCUCUACCAAACUAAGAACAAGAACAACAUGAUUGAUCACAUUGUCUUGCAUCGUGAGGAGCGUGUUGUGCCAAUAGAGGUGCGUCGCCCAAAACUGUCACGUUACCUUCGAGGGAUCGUAUUCCGCUGUCACAAAUGCACUUUCACAAGUGGCAGCCCAGAAAACCUGCGUUUUCACAUGAUGAGGCACGAUGACAUCAAACCCUACAAGUGUCGGCUGUGCUACUUCGACUGCACCCGGCUGAGUGACUUGGAGGCACACCUGAGUGAUAAGCAUCAGGUUGUGAGGAAUCAUGAGCUUGUGGGUCAGGUGAGCCUUGAUCAGCUGGAGGCAAAGGUCGGUGGGGCGUCAGAAGCAGAAGAGGAGCACUUAUCUAACAUGGAGCAGCUCGUCAGGGAGGAUGUAGAAAUGUUUGAGUUUUUUACAGACUGUGAUGAAGUUCCACAGGCUGAGAACCCAGAAGAUGACACCACAGAGAAAACUGGACUCCAGAUCCAGGAAGCAUGUGGGAUGCGAGACCAGGAAGGGAAUGAAGAAAGUCCUGGUGAGAGUUCUGAAUUAGACAUUCAACAAGAGAAUGCAAAAGCAAACACUACUGUCCAGCAAGACCUGCAAAAAAGAGAGACUGCAAGAGAAGAGGAGACGGGAAAUGUGGAACAAAGUGUUGCAGAAAUGAAGAUUACAGAGUCUCAGUUUAAGGAUUGUAACGGUCCAGACGAAGAGAGGCAGACAAAUGAAAACCAAGCCCAACCCAAACUCCUAGACUGUGAGGACAAAGAACAAAAAGACACGGGAAAAGAUCCGAAAGGGGCUGAAAAUACACCAGCCCAAAAACAAGACGUUAAAGCACUUGAACAUAAAACACUGAACAUCGAGGCGAGGGUCGAAGACGACAUAGUGCGUCAUAUCUUACAGUUGGACGAUGAUGGCAGCAAGAUGCAUAACAAGGCAGAUCAGGACAGAACGGUGAAGACCGAGAAGGGCGUUGAGACUAGUGAUCCAAGUGAUCUUCCACUAGCUAAAGAAAGCAGCUUCGCUCUGUCCCACAAUCAGAAAAGCCAUGCUAAUAAUACACAGGCAGAUUCAGCCUUAACAAAGAUAAACAGUACACAUGUAAAUAACACAAGGGCAAAAGAGAGUUUCAGAAUUGAAAGGCAUAUGUUAACGCUUCCACCCAAUUAUGCACGACUUAAGAUGAUCAGCGGGGAUGUUUUAGGUGUCUCAUUUGCAAAAUUCAAACGGGAGCAAGUGCACGCUAAGGAAAGCAGUGAACGGGAACCCGAGCCUUGUAGAGAAAUGCCAGUACUCGAGAAGGAAUGUCUCAAGAAGGAAGUGCACCCUCCUGGAUGCUUCAAGGAGGAAGAAGAGAAAGAUCCUCUUGAGCAGAAGCAGAGCAAAGAGUCUGAGAUGGCUACAGAAGACGAGAACCAACUCAAAGAUGAGAGGUUUGAGGACCAAGACGGGAUGAAGGAAGGUGAUUUUCUGCAAGAGCGUAAAGAUACAGUGACACCAGGAGCUGCUGAAGUCCUGCGCGCCUCAGAGCACAAACGAUUUACUUGUGAGUUCUGUGGAAGAAACCUCGAGAACAGCUCUGAACUGAAGCGUCACGUCAUGCGGCAUGGAAUAUAAUCUUUUUUUUAUUAUUAUUAUUAUUAUUAUUUUUAUUUUAUUUUUGUGGAAAGCCCCUUCCAGUGCUGACUUAUACCUUUUAUAUGUUGUUUUGAUUAAUAGCCUGAUACCCGUAUGGUUACAUAUUAAUGUUUCCCUUUUUUUUUUUUGGUAUAUUUUUAAACCAUUUCUUAUUACAGGCUUUUAUGGUAAACCUGUUAAACAUAGAAGUGAAAUUGGUGUGAUUCAGUAAAUAAAACUCUGAACCAAGAUGGUGAAUGUAUGAUGUUUGACACACUGUAUUUUGAUAAGAUCUUAUUUGGAUCUGGCUUGUUUAGAAACACUAACGGAUGUCCGUGACCAGCUGUCAUUCAAAGAGAAUUUUUAUUCCUGUAGUUUGUGCAGGGAGGUAUUAUUUACAAGAAGUUAUUGCUGUAAAACCUGCAGAAACCUCGACACUGUGAACACAUUUUACAUUAAAACGUUUACAUCGUUUUGAAUAUCAAGAACUGAAAAAAACUUGAAUACCAGGAAGUGUGGUAAAGGCUUGUGCUGCCUUCAGGUGCUGUUGGGUAUUUCAACACACCGUAUUUUAUACUUUGCAACCAAAUAGCAAAUAGUUGAUAAUACGAUGACGGUAUUUAGUUUGGUAUUCCAUGUCAACAAUAAGCUUUUGUUCUUUUACAUUUCAAUCUUUUGAUUAUACUUCAGUUUAUUUUAAAUUUAAAGUGUUUGCAGCACCUGAUGUGUAUUUUUCUCCAAUGUGCACUAGCUUAGUUACCACAGAGUGUGUUCUAUGAAAGUGUUUUAGUUCAUUUUAUUAUUUCAGUACAUUUCACUGGGGAAAAAUACAGUACAUCUGAAGACACAGGCACAUGGACAGAACAGUCACAAAUGAACGGUGGGGGCAAUAUUAUAAAUAUAUAUGGGUUUGUGUGUUUUUCUGAUUAAUUUCUUGAAUAAUAUGGACAUCUAUGGGAGAUCAGAAUACUGGAUUAUUAAGUGUUUAAUGUUUUCAGGUCUACACAGGCCACAUGUAUUCAUAUCCUUGUAUUACAAAACAUGGCUGCUCUGUAUUCAAAGGUUGUUGCACUCAAGCCAAAAUUAAAACUAACAAAAUGCAGUCUGGUUACACCAAUAAA